AUCCCGUACAAAGUCAUCAUCUGCGGCCCUUUAAAUUGCAACAAUGUUGCAACGCAUUUAAACCGUGCAAUGAGUGGGCAAAUUCACUGCCAUAUUUGCUUGUUUUCAAGAAUUCUCCGACCGAUCGCCAGUGAGAUAAGUAGGUAGGAAGAUUUUCUAGUCUAGGAAGAGUGCAUUGUUCACUAUCGCUUGCGCUUAUCUUAUCGCGGGGUCCAGCAAUUGAUACUUCACCCUGACAAUAAUUGUCAAACGAGCUACGGAAAAUGUCUUCUCCCAGUGCGCCAAAUCGGGUACUUUCGAUUCAAAGUCAUGUGGUACAUGGAUAUGUUGGCAAUAAAUCAGCCGUGUUUCCGCUUCAGGUGCUCGGUUUUGAGGUGGAUAACAUCAACUCGGUCCAGUUCUCCACCCACACCAAAUACGCGAAGGGUUUCAAGGGUCAGGUUCUGAACGAAAAGCAGCUGUCGGAAAUUUUCUCCGGACUGGUGGCCAACGGGCUGCAUUCCCUGUACACACAUCUGCUAACCGGGUACGUUGGGAAUCCAGCUUUUCUCCGGGAGAUUGCUGCCAUCCUAAAGACACUACGCUCAGUAAAUCCAAAGUUGGUUUAUGUUUGUGACCCCGUGAUGGGAGACAAUGGCGUUAUGUAUGUUCCCAAAGAGUUGUUGCCGAUUUAUAGAGAUGAAAUCGUCCCUCUAGCCGAUAUUAUUACCCCAAAUCAGUACGAAGUAGAACUUUUGACCGAGAAGACUAUCCAGACAGAAGACGAUGCCUGGAGUGCAAUCGAAUGGUUCCACCAGAAAGGCGUUAAAACAGUAGCCAUCUCGUCAUCGGAACUCGGAGGAUCCAACGAGCUGUUGGCUCUCGUCAGCCACAAAGACGGAGCAAAUUCUCAGAAAUACCGAAUGCUAAUUCCAAAGCAGGGUAGUGGAAUCAGCUACACCGGAACCGGGGAUCUGUUCGCGUCUCUCUUCCUGGCCCACUCGACGCUAACCAAUUUCGAUAUGUGUGCAACGAUGGAAAAAACCAUUGCCAGUUUGCAGAGUGUAAUUUCCACCACGCUGGAGUAUAUCCCAGCAGAUGUGCGAACUGGAAAAGUGCCGCCCACAUCUGCACAAAUUGAGCUGAAAAUUAUUCAAAGCAAAAAGCUGAUCGAAGAACCGAAGGUUAUCUUGCGUUGUAGCAAGGUUUGAAGUGUAUUUUUGUGUAUAUUCGAAACGGUAAACCAAUGACAAUAAACUGUUUGGGAUAUAUUGAUGUUAA